CGCAGUGUUAAAUACAAAUACGGUCAGAAAUAAUAAAGACGGUUGCGGGAUCAUUUCGUUUUAAUUUUUUUUUUUAAUUUUUUUUUAAUUUUUAAAUUAAUUCGUUCAACGAUUUUAUAUUUGUUUCAAUUUUAACUAGACUUGUAAGCUAAAAACGAAAGUUAAAGUAAAAUGUUUUUGGAACAUUUAAAAUGAAUAUUAACCGUCAUCCUAGUUACUCACUGUCGCAAAGGAAUAGUGAUUUAUGAUAAUAACUAAGACAGCGACCAACAGGUGGAAACAUUAUAAUAAUGAAUAAAAAUCAUGAACAUUGUCACCAGUAAAUUACGUAUCAACAUUUAAGAAAAUAAGAAACCGUUUCGAAGAAACUCACAAUGCCACCGACAAGGGAUAAAAAGUCAAUCCCAUUUAGCAUCUAUUUGGUCUGUGUGUUCUUGAUAAUGUUGGAUAAUUGUGAAAGUGCAACGUCAAGUGAAAAUAUAUCGAUAGCACAUAUCGAGGAGUCGUGCAUCCAAAAAUGUCCUGAUCACAAUCGAACCAACUCCGAACAUAUAGACUGCGGCAGAGAUUGCUACAUAUCACAAUGUACCUUAGGAUGUCAACUUUGGGACAAGGCGCUAGAUUCAUCUUGUAAAUCAAUUUGUAAUCAAACUGAAGAGGAAGACUUGAAAGAACUGUACUGUGUGAUGGGCUGUAACAAUGCCAUAAAUCGAUAUUUCAACUGGUUGAUAGAUGAGGUCGGAACACCGUCUGCACCGGCUCUGGUUGCUGAUAGUUUAACGGCCACAUCAUUAUCACUGGAAUGGGAAAUUCCUCCGCGGUUAUUGAAAUUUACGAAAGGAAAGUCAUACAUCACCAAGAGCUACUUGGUGCAAUGGCGUUACGAGGAAGUGGUUGGUGAUUGGAAAUUUUGUCGCAACCAAAGUAUGGGCGACAAUUCAACCGUUCGGGUGGAUAACCUUCAACCAUACACAAAAUAUCGAUUUCGUGUAGCGCUCAUACUAUCGUCCAACCACGAGAAAGAGUUGUUCUCCGAGCAAAGUGUAAUAAUCAGCACUUUGCCGAUGGGAAAACCAUUAUCGGAGCCAGCAAUAGUAAGAGCGGUUGCUAUCGAUCACACACGGAUAUCCAUUUCAUGGGAGCCUGGUCCAUUUCCGAGGGGUCCGAUAUUGUCAUAUGUGCUACAGAUCAAUGAUAAUCGACCGAACGGCUAUUUUGCUUUAAAGGACAUUCCAGCAACAGACAAUUUUGCCGUCAUUGACAAACUGGAACCAUCAACGGAAUAUUCGGUGUCCGUUAAAAUGACGAAUACUGUUGGCGAAGGACCUCCUGCAAUGACAGUUGUCCGUACAAUGGAUGCACCAGACAUUCCGCACGAGGAGCCAAAGACCAAACUAAUUUUGUGCGCCGAAUACAAAGUGUUGUCACAGGGAACGGAACUGUGGUCAGACUCUGCACAGCGGAUUUACUCGAGCGAUGAACGGAUCACGGGUGUAGCAAUCCAUAUCGCACAGAAACUGAUAUUUGUGGCGGAUGAGGCUCGGUAUAUCUACAAAGCUCCGUUGGAUAAUGAGAAUGGGAAGAAAGAGAUCAUUUUGAGACCGGAUAGUUCUGCAAGUACGGCGCCACUAUCGUUACAAGUUCAGGAAAUGUCGAGACCGUUGGACUUGUCAAUGGACUGGUUGAACAAUCAUUUGUACAUUUUAGAAGAAAUCCGAAAUCCCGUAAGAUCACAAAAAUUAUGGCGUAUUUCAAGGUGCGAUCUGAAUGGUGCAGGGUUAACAGUGGUGCUCGCUGGAUUAAUGAAACAACCGAGUCACAUAGAAGUGGAUCCAUACAAUGGAUAUCUAUUUUGGGUGAUCAGUGGUCAGUCGGACGAAAGUGGAUUAUUUCGAUUGGAUCUGGGCGAUGUAUCGAAUGGUGUCAAGCACGAAACGGUUCCCUUUCCGAUGUGGUCACGAUGGAACAUUGGCGCGUUUACGCUGGACUACAUAAGUUUCAAGAUUUUGGUGCCGUUGCAAGACAACAAUACGGUGAUAUCGAUGGACCUGGACGGGAAGAAAAAGGAAGACAUUCGACGAAACACUCAGACGCCCAAAUUUAAACUGGUCAAAUCGUUGGGUAUGGCCAAUCAAAUAUUUUAUUGGACCAAUGGAUAUGAAGUGAUCAACGAGGAAUUUCACGAAACCGAACGGAAUUACUAUCACAACGUCUAUCCUCUUCUGUCCAACAAAACAUUCCUCUUUGUACUCAUCAAUCAAACAUCCGCACAACCGAUUCCCGUUCCCAUCAAUCCGCCGAGUAAUGUGCAGGCAUUGUUAAGCGAUCAUCGCGGUAAAGUCACUUGGCACACACCACAUUUGCUCGGAAUGCAGGGCAAAGGUGCGUGGCAACAAUGGAAAUACAUUCUGGAAAUUACGAACGAGGAUGCCAACAACGAAACGGUCGUUCAUCGCGGUAUUACGGGCACACAUUUCCAAGUGAACAAAUUGCACCCGAAUACCAACUAUAAGUUUCGAACGGCCGCGUACACAUCGGCAGGCCGUGGUCCGUUUAGUACGGAAUUUCGAACACGUACUCUAAAAUCACCGCACGAUCGUUAUCUCAUCUGGUCGUCGAAUGAAUACGGUCUACUGCAAAGCGAUGUAUUGGGCGAACACAUUCAUACGUUGAUACCGAAGUCUAGCAAUGAAAAUCAGAAUAUUUCCGACAUUACCUGGUAUGAAGACGUUGUCUUCUUCGUUAGUAAUUCCACCUUGAAGUAUUACAAUCGUACGAGUGGUUUCCACGAUGUGCUGAAGGGUUUUGACUCGGUUCAGAGCAUUGCAUUUGAUUGGAUCGGUCGACGUAUCUACUGGUUUAAUCGUCAAUCACAAUUGAUAUUGCGAGCCAAUUUAAGUGGCUACGAGCAAGAGCCUUUGAUCUCAUUACCAGCCAGUGACACCGAUCUGAAGAUUGAUUCGUUGCACGGGUACCUAUACUUUUCAUCUGGUCACGCUGUCGAAUAUUGUCGCUUGAAUGGUAAGAAUAAGCGAGAAUAUUAUCGCACUGAAGUCUACGCCGGUAAACAAGUGAUGGGCUUGACUUUGGAUAUCGACAACCAGAGACUGUUUUGGAUUGUACGUGGCUACGAUGGUUCCAGUUUAUUUAUGGCCCAGAUGCCUGGCAAUUCUCAUCAGUCCGUUCAGGAGUACAUUUUGAAAGAGAAAAGUCUGCAAGGCCCACUCACCUACUUCAGUGAUCGUUUACUGUGGCUGCAGGACGAACAUACCAUUAUCAUCAGUAACAUUACCGGCAAGAAUUUGGCUCACAUCCGGAAUCAGAAACUCAGGGGCCUGAAAUCGCUCGCCAUCAUCGAUCAGACCCAUCACGUCUAUCCCAACUUGCCAGAUAAAUUGAAUGUGAUACCGGAACCGAUUAAUGUAUCCGAAAUGACCAUCGACGGCAGCUCCAAAUCGUUCAACAUCACUUGGCCACCAAUUAUGUCCGUUAAUUACGGUGAAGUGUUCUACGAAAUUAGGUUUUUGAAUAAUGUUGUCACGGAAACGACGGACAAUACCAUUCUCUACGCAAACGAUACACUUGAUCCGUACACACCAUUGGACAUAUCCAUACGCGCGUACACGUACUGGGCUUCAUCGAAAGUAUCCAAAAUUACUUUGUACUCGCCGCCUGCCGAACCGUCGACACCAACCAAUCCUCGAAUAUUUGUCACACAUCGUCAUGAUCCAUUGGGCAGCGGAUUGAACAUUGAAGCGACAUUCCGAUGGAACGCACCGAAAUAUCCGAAUGGGCCGAUCAGCGGCUAUGUGAUCGAAUACUGGUAUGACGACGAUGACUACAAUCAUUCCUACAUCGACAUCGACGAUCCGAAUGUGUUCGAGAAAGUGAUUCCGAAUCUGAACGAUAAUGUCACUUACUUAUUCGAAGUCCGAGCGUACUCAGCAGUUGGAAUGGGAGCGAAAACAUCUCCACUGGCAGUGCACACCAAAAAUGAAAAACCCGCACCGACGAUCCUUGCAUCGAUCGAUGAAGGCAUCUGGAAAAUUGACAUGGACUUACAGACUAGAGAAUUAGUCGUGCACACUGGGAGUUUGGUUCGGCUAUUAACGUCGAUUCAACUAGAGAGAACAUUGUAUUGGAUCGACGACAACAACAAUUUAAUGUCUUACGACAAAUCGAACAAAGCUAAGCUAACCACGUUACCCACAGAACCAUUGGCCCUAACAGUGGAUUGGAUCGAGCGAGUGUUGUAUUGGUCACAGCGGCAGCACGAAGGUAGUGUUGUCUUCGCAUUGGAUCUAAACAGUGUGGAAUUGAAGCCGAGUGAUCCCAAAUUUAUCAUGGACAGGAGGGGUGUGGUAAAUAGCUUAGCAGUGUCGCCAAAGGAUCGCUUACUGUUCUGGGUCGAGACCACCACACACGAUCAAAACAACGGCAUUCUAAUGACAAAAAGUCUCGAUGAUGACACCGUUAAGCCAUUCUUCCCGGAUGUAUCCCGUUCCAUUUAUAAAACGUUUUCAUUGGACACAUCGAGCGACAACACUCUCGGUAUCAUUUGGAGAGGGAACAGUACUCAACUUUUCACCACGGAUAUAAAUCACGAACAUUCGUGGCCGAUCGACAUUUUCUACAACGAAAGCCAACAAAAUCUGGUCAAAGACAGUGGUCGACUGUAUUGGACAGAAAAUGGUAAAAUUCAUGCGUACAGCGUGUACGCUAACGAUCAUCAUGAGUACGUGAUGAAUGCGCCGAACGCUAAUCGAUUAUUCGCCUUCUUCCACCAAAAUUACCUCGACCAAGAAUGCAUGAUCCCGUUGCAAGGAUACAGUGGCAGCAAAUACAAGCCAGAUUUAAUUAAAGGCGAGGAACGUUCACUUCUGAUCCGGCUACCAGAAAGUGAAGUGCAUCCAAACUGUAAUGGUCGUAGUCCGCCAGGAGUUCUGUACACCAUUUUGUAUACUAGCGCCGGUAACGUUCGCAACUGUACGUUGCCGGGUUGCAAAAUCGUCAAAUCACUCAACAAACGAGAACUAAUCUCCGGCCUAAAACCGUUCGUUCGAUAUAGAUUCCAAAUCGGCGUCAACAAUUACUACGGCAAGAAAAUGGGCAUUCCGUCGAUAUACGGUCCAGUCGUUGCAUUCAAUACGUCAAUUGGCUUUCCUUCCGCCCCGCGAAACGUUCAAGCUGAAGUAAUCAGUCCGUCCGAAGUGAUCGUUCAAUGGCAUGGUCCAAUCGAAUUGAACAGCGAUUCCGUUUGGUACGAAGUGCAUUGGGAAACACAAAAUGCCAUCAAUCGUGUUAAGAAUCGCCAGCAACAGUUUGCGUUAGAUCAAGAACGAUUUAUGGCCGGCAAUGAUGCACCGAUCAUGAUGAACAUAACGAAAUUGCUGCCGAGUCAACCGUAUAAAAUAUGGGUCAGGGCGUACACUUCAAAUUCAACAUUCAAUGAAAGCGAUCCGGUUCAGAUUGAAACCAUAUCGGAACCGGGCGACAUAACACUAACCGAUCGAAGUCCAUACGAUCUUCACUUGCACUGGAUGGUGCACAAAAACAUUUCCAAAUACAUUAUUGAAUAUCAGGCCAUUGGCUCGGACGUACCGAUACGAAUCGAAGAGGAUCUACUUUGGAAGAACAACAGCGACAUUGCCAUUCACGUGGACAAUCUGAAGCCAAAGACCCAGUACAAGUUUUCGAUUCUGCUUUAUUUCCUCAAAAGAGACGUUGCAUACACUUGGCCACCAGACUCACGUUUUGUGUUCGAAACAUUAGGUGAUCGUCCAACAAGUCCAGGAAUACCUCUCGUCAUUCAUGUCAGUGGUGACGUUUUUAAGGUGUAUUGGCAGCCGUCCAUGGAAAAUGGAGCUCCCAUUUUAGAGUACAGUCUCGAAGCGCAACAACUUCGUGUUACGAAUCGAGUAUCACGUUCGACUGACGAUGUUGAAAUAUUUGACUCACACACGACGGCUGUGACGAAUUUCAUUUCCAAACCUUUGGAGGUUGAAGAACCACCGAUGCCUGAUACAGAGUGGAGAGUAUACUACAACGGAACGGACAGCUAUUGGAUCAUACAAGAUUUACAACCAAUUGAUUAUGCCUUCCGAUGUCGGUCAAGGAAUUCGUAUGGCUGGAGUCCAUAUAGUGCCAUAAGUGAGCCAAUUACUGGCCCAUACGUGACACCCGAACGACAGACGUAUAUAAUGGUAGCCAUUUGUGUACCGAUUGCAGUCGCAAUUGUGAUAAUCGUAACGUCAAUUGUGGUAAUGGCUUUCCGUCGGAAAAGUUUGAAGAAAAAUUUGCACGGACAUUCGCCGAGAAUACCUGACGUUGAGUUGGCUACGUUACGUGAACUACCUCGAGGUGCAAACCUGAUCCAUUCGAAUAACAUUCUGUACACUCAUGGCCCGUUAACUGAUACAGACAUUGCACUGUUGCCACAAAUUCGACGCGAUCAAAUUACGAUGACCAGCUUUUUGGGAAGCGGUGCUUUCGGUGAGGUGUACGAGGGCAUUGUAAAGACUGUGAAUGUGGAGGAUGCAGAGACUCGAGUCGCAAUUAAAACACUUCGGAAAGGAGCGACGGCACAGGAAAAGAGUGAAUUUCUUCAAGAAGCACAUCUGAUGAGCAACUUCAAACAUGACCACAUACUGCGAUUAAUUGGAGUGUGUUUCGACAUGGAAACACUUUAUAUCAUAAUGGAACUGAUGCAAGGCGGCGACCUAUUGAGCUUCUUAAGACAAAGUCGACCAAGCGUGGGUAUUCCUUCAUCACUAACUCUUUUGGAUCUGGUAUCAAUGUGUGUUGACAUUGCGGCCGGUUGCCGUUAUCUGGAAGAAAUGCAUUUCGUUCACAGAGACUUAGCAUGUCGCAAUUGUCUAGUGUCGUCUGUAGAUCCUGCUAAUCGGGUGGUAAAGAUCGGUGACUUUGGAUUGGCACGGGACAUAUACAAGAACGACUAUUAUCGAAAAGAUGGUGAAGGCUUAUUGCCGGUGAGAUGGAUGUCUCCGGAAAGUUUGGUUGACGGUGUGUUUACUAGUCAAUCGGAUAUAUGGGCAUUUGGAGUGCUUUGUUGGGAGAUAUUGACACUAGGUCAGCAGCCAUAUCCGGCGAGAAAUAAUCUGGAAGUUUUGCAUUAUGUACGAGACGGUGGACGAUUGGGAAAGCCUUCAGAUUGUCCGACGGAACUCUACAAUUUGAUGCAAUUGUGUUGGAGCUACGAACCGGAUGAGCGACCAACGUUUCGAUAUUGCUUGGAGAUAUUGGAGAAAUUAAAGGAAUGCACGAACGACAAGAUUCGAAUACAAGCGAGAAACUUAAACAAAUCGGACGGUGGCUUUUUUAAUAAAUCAUAUUUGCUUGCCGAUGAAAAUUGCAAUGAACGAGGUACCCUGAAAUUCUGCUGCGACGAUCACGACCUAGUCGAACCGCCAGCAAUAGCGACCCCAACAUCGUCCAAUUGCAGCCCCAUUCAACCGCAAUACCUCGAAGUACUUCACAAUGAAGAAAACGAUCCCAUCAUUCGAUCGUCGUUCGGCGAUGGUUAUGAAAUUCCCGUGCCAGAUGUGGAUCAAUCGCUAACCAACUCCACGUCAUCGUUCAUCAACAACGGGCAAACGUUGAGCAAAGACUGUCUAGACAAAGAGCGAACAUUUUCCAGUUCGUCGACUGUCAGUGAAACAAGUAUCGUAUGUGUUCAGCCACCACCACCACCGACGUCCGUACAGCCGGCGCCAAUUGCUCAGCCAUUAUCGGCACAUACGAUUUUAAAGGUGGCCUUACCCAAUAUGAAAGAAGACUGUACCAGUGAUGAAUCGUUACUGACGACCGUGCCGAUGCACAAUGCGGACAAAGUUAAACCGAUUUAUACGAAUUCCAAAGUGGAUGAAGUGUUGAACCAUGACGGUAAGACGAUAUUGUAACGUUUGGAUGUGUAAACGAUAUUUCAAAUUGUGUACAAAAUGCAUAAAAUAUAUUUAUAAUGUGGUUCUGGUAGACGUGGUUGAAUGGAAGUACAACUUAGCCUUAAAAAUGAUGAAAUUUAAUUUACGAUAACUUUUAGGUAGCUAGCCAAUUAAUUAAUUAAUUUAACGAACUUAAAAUGAUUCGAAAGAACUAUACUCUUUAUGGCAAAGUGUAAAGAGAAACA